AUGAGCGCCUGGAACAAAGGCGGUCCUUUUGCGAAGCCCGCUUCGCAAUCUCGCGACACACUUGCAAGUACAGCUGCAUCAGCACCCUCAACAGCGCAACAUGCGCAUAGCAAUAGUCUCUCACGCAUCCGGCAGAUGAACAGGGAAAAGUCCUUCUCUGGCCUUCCAGCCUCGUUUGCCUCACAAGGCCAAGGAACCACUGGGUCGCCUGUUCACUCGCCAUCCGUUGAACAGAGCGGCUUUGGCCUCGGUGGGUCAGUGGCUUCCUUGGGCGGUGCAAUAACAAGUGGUCUACAUCCCUUGCGAGCGCCUUGGUGUAUUUGGUACAUGCAUCGCUCACCUGGCAGUAAAAUUAAAGACUACGAUCUUGCCAUGAAGCGGAUCGGUGCCUUUUCCUCGAUCGAAGACUUUUGGGCCCUCUACGUGCGGCUCAAACCACUGGAUGAACUAGCAUCCGUUAGUGACCUUCAUUUAUUCAGAGCUGGCAUCAAGCCAACCUAUGAAGACCCAGCGAAUAUCUGUGGUGGGAAAUGGCAAAUUCGUCUACGUAAGGGCAUUGCGGCGCGUCUUUGGGAAACGCUCAUCUUGGCCAUCAUUGGGGAUCAGUUUCAUGGACCCUUAUCAGAAGGUGCUGCACCGGAUGAGCUGUGUGGUGCAGUGAUCAGUAUGCGGCAGCAUGAAGAUGUCCUCAGUGUGUGGAAUCGUACGAGUGGCGAUGGCUUUGCAACGCUCAGGAUACGGUCGGUGUUGAGGGAGGUGCUUGAGCUUGGGCCAGACGUGAAUUUCGAGUAUGUUCAGCAUUCUGAUCGUCUUGGCAAGGUAUAA